AUGCUGGCGGCCCGGCCCCACCCCGGCGCGCGCCAGGUCCAGGACCUGGACGACCGGCUGCAGGAGCUGCUGCGGGAGCUGCCGCCGCCAGUGGGCGACGGCCCCCAGGCGUCGCCGCUGCCCGACGCGGAUCCGGGCGGCGCCCUCGCUCCGCCGACGCCCGUCGGGGGCUGCACCACGCCGCUGCAGCAGCUGGAGGACCCGCCGCCGCUGGGCGCCGCCCCCGCGCCGGCCUUCGGAGCGCCCGCCAAGGUCGUCGCGCGCGCGGCGGGGCUUGACCCUUGGGCGCUGCUGGACGAGCACGCGCCCGGCGACGUCAAGGACGCGCCCCUGGAGGUGGGCAGGACGUGCAGGAGGCUCAACGAGAAGAAGCUCCUCCUCAGCGCGGACGGCCUGCCGGACCUCGGCCUCGGCGAGGUGCUCUCUGACGACGCGCUCUGGAGCGGGCCCUCCGCCGAGAGCGCGGCGCCUCUGCUGCUGGCGGGCCACCCGGUGGAGUCGCUCUUCCUGGCGGUGGCGGGGCGGCUGAAGUCAGGCGGCCGCUUCGAGGUCCAGCGCGCGGGCUUCAGCGGCGCGUGGCUGGAGUUUGAGGAUCUGUUCGUUGCCGCCAGGGCCAAGCGGCGGCGCCUCCGCAGGGCGGGCGCGCAGAGGUGCCCCGGGGCCGGCGGCGCGCCAGCGACGCCCCCGGGCCAGGGCGCCGGCGGCGACGCCUCCGACGACGAGGCCGGCCUGCCCCCGCACAUGCCCGACCAUGUGAUGUCCACGCCCCUGCGCGAGGACGCCUGCGGCGCUCCGGGCGUGCCCUUCGACGACGCCCUCCAGGAGAAGCGGCAGCAGGUGGCAGAGCUGGAGAACAUGAUACAGGACGCCCAGCAGAAGUACGAGGCGACCAUCCGGCAGCACCUCCACUCGAUGCACAAGGA